GAACCGGCUGAUGGCUGAUUGCUGCAAACGAAUUCCUCUGACUUUAAUUUCCAAUUUGUGUUUGAAUUAGGUUCUUAUUUUGAAAAUCAUAGGCGUAUAAUAAAAUUUGAAGAGCCUGUUUAUUCUAUUUUCCAUUAAUUUUAGUCGGUGCGGUUCCAAAAGCAGGAAACAUGAAUUUGGCUGACCCAGUCGUUGAGAGGCAGUUGCAAGGGCACAAGUCCAAGAUCACCUGCAUCACCUUCAACCCUCGAUACCCAGCAAUUGCUUCAGGAGACUUGGGAAACAACAUCAUUGUUUGGAAUCCCAAGAAAUGGGGCAACUCUUUAAAGUUUGAGGGUCACAAAGGGUGCAUCAAUGACCUCCACUUUUCUCCAACUGCCAACUUGCUGGCGUCUGCUUCCUCAGACCGCUUGGUUCGACUCUGGGUGCCUACCUACAGUGGCGGGUUUUCCGAGUUCAUGGCCCAUUCGUCUGGGGUUCGCUCUGUCCAAUUUUCCCCUGACGGAGAGUACCUUGUGACUGCCUCUGAAGACAAGUCUGUCAAACUGUGGCACACAGAUGGUAAAAGACGUUUCAUUUCUUCCAUGACUCAUCACACAAACUGGGUGCGCUGUGCCCGAUUCUCAUCCAAUGGACUUCUCAUCGGAUCUUGCUCUGAUGAUAGCUCAGCCAUUAUUUGGGACUUCAGGGACGAGAAUAAGGCUGUGGAAAUUGUUCAGGGCAUGGACUCUGCCCCUCACCACCUUGCCUUCAGUCCUGUACAUGAGACGACCUUUGCCCUUGCCUAUCCCACAGGACAUGUUCGAGUGUUUGAUAUUAGAAUGCCUCAGCAACUGCUCCAGAGUUACAAAGCCCAUGACAAGGCUGUCCAUCAAAUAUCAUUCCAUCCCUCGGGCAACUUCAUCCUUUCGGCCCACGAUGACGGACAAAUCAAAAUGCUGGAUUUGCUCGAAGGCCGACCGAUCUACACUAUGUCCCUUCACAAAGGAGCUGCUACCUGUGUUGCUUUUUCCCCAAGUGGAAAAUUGUUUGCCUCGGCUGGAGCUGACAGACAAGUUGUGAUUUGGAAGGUUGGCAACGAAAGCAAGCCUACCGCCAAUCCCUUGGCCAGUGGAAAUGGUUGGCAGAGAAACACAAACAGAAGUGGCAGUAGCAAGCCUGGAACUGCUCGCCCAAGUGGUGACAAAAAGGGAGCAAGUUCCCCAGACUUGAACAGAAUGAAAGAGCUUGAGGCACGUGUGCAGAAAUUGGAGCUCAUGUUGCAAGUUUCACCAAGGGGCACCAUUGGUGAUGAAAACUUCAACCCAUUGAGCCCAGACAACUUGGAGAAAAGAGUCAUGUGUCUUGAAGAGAGACUGAGCUUUGAUGAUUCCAUCGAGAUCAGCCACGUCUAGUUGAUUAUUCUUAGUGCAUUUUUUAUCAUUGGCUGACGACUUUUACAGUUGUAAAAAUUCCUAUUCCAAACGAGAUGACACCUUCACACUUCAGAGAUCUGCCCUUGCAAAGUAUUUUUUCAUAAUUUUUAUUAUAAUCCUUGAUCUCUUUACCGGAUGCAUUUACUAGAUUUAAAGAGGUCCGCAAGGUUUUGAGAUUUCUUCAUUAAUUACGUUUGUAUCUUCCUCUCAAAUAAAUAAUUUAAACAAUCUAUUUUUAUCUAAAAAAAAUAUCGUUAAUCACUAAA